AUGGAUUUACGAGAUACUAGAAUUCUUGUUGCAGUAGAUUUUGGAAUAACUUAUUCUGGCUUCGCUUAUGUUCAUAAAGAGAAUCCUGAAAAUGUUGUUGUAAAUAAUUCUUGGCCAGGAAGAGAAGGUGUGUUUAAAACACCUACAGCGCUUCAAUAUGAUGAAAGAUAUAAUAAAGUUAUAAGCUGGGGAUAUAAUGCAUUA